AUUAUUUUGUAUACUGUAGUAAUGGGUUCACCACGUGGUUCAUGUGAAAUACAGGGAGAGUGUUACAGUACUUUAAUGCAUAUAAAUGUGUAUAUAUAUAUUGUAUAGUCUCUGGCAUUUUGGUAUAAAAUGAAGAUGUAAAUAUUAUUAUGGACAAUUUGUCAUGGAAAAAUGGAAAAAAACUACAUACAUGGUGGCAAUUUAUUUAUUUUUAAUUGACCUUCGACCAUUGGAACCAUUUAUGACGGCUUAUUUAAUAGGACCAGAUGCAAGCUUGUCUUUGGAUGAGGUAGCUACAGCUAUCGAGUAUUUUAAAAUAUAUGGAUCGCUAUUCACAUCACUGUUAAUGAUUACAACUGCAGACUACUUUCUAUACAAGCCAAACAUUAUAUUCUUGACCAUUUGUCCAUGUGUCUUCUAUUUCCUAAUGACUUGUAAACCAAGUGUAACACAGCUGAGGGUGUCUGCAUUUGGUAUUGGGUCGAUACAUAGCACUGAUAAGAUAGCAUAUUGUUAUUUAUACGCCAAGAUCAAAGACGUAGAACAAUAUCAGAUGGCCACCGGUAUUGUCACGGCUGCCGUACAACUUGGUAUUGUUGUUGGAGACAUCUUAGCACAAAUCAUAGUCAACGCAACUGGAGGGAUUUAUACUAUCCUACCAUAUUGCAACGUAUUCAGUAAUCAGACGCAUUAUGUAUUUGUAAUUUAGCACAAAAUUAAAACUAAAUACAAACGAUACAAUAUUAACUUAACGAUUUAGAAGUACACCUAUGUUUUGUGUUAAUUUAAAUUUAUAACUGGAGUAAAUUUAAAAUCAAAUUUAUCAAUGUUUAAUAUUUUUUACAAUUUAUUUAUUUGUUUCUUGAGAUAUAAAUCACUUGGCUACUAAUCACACUUAAGUACUUCAUGACGUGAACUUGAGACUGUAGUGUUUU